UCUCCGAAUCUUGUGUGAGAGAAGAGAGAAACGAUCAACUCAACAUCCGAAGUAUCUUAUGUGAGGAUAUUUCAAAUGUAUCAAAAAACAAUGGCACCUUCGAGGGGCUUAAGAUCAGUGCGCCAGUUUAUACAACAUAGUACCAUAUCACAAAAUUUCUUUGUUCGAAGAAAUGUUUCCACUUCCAGCAGUGUAUCCAUAUCGAAAUUCGUCCAAGAGGCUACCAAUCCAAUCAACAAAUCUCAAAUAUACAUAUCACGAACGAAUGACCCAUUCAUCAACUUAUCCAUUGAACAUUAUCUUCUGCAGAAUACUCCCGCAGAUUCUACCGUCUUAUUUCUCUAUACCAACGAACGCUGCGUAGUCAUUGGACGAAAUCAAAACCCUUGGAAAGAAGUAAAUCUCAGCCUACUCAAAAAGUCGACAAUUGGAGAUAUAUCAUUGGUUCGACGUCGUUCAGGUGGAGGAACUGUCUUUCACGACUCAGGAAAUGUCAAUUACUGUGUCAUAUGUCCUACUUCGCAAUUUCAUCGCGAUAAGCAUGCCGAAAUGGUAGUGAGAGCUUUGCAUAACCUUGGUGUUGAUCGCGCUAUGGUUAAUGUUCGACAUGAUAUAGUAUUGAGGCCACGCGGAUCGGGCGACGGAGGAUUCAGAUCAUUCAAAGUAUCCGGUUCGGCAUACAAGUUAACGAAAGAGAGAGCUCUACACCAUGGGACCUGUUUAUUAGCAUCUCCGAACAUUGCAAACAUUUUCAAAUAUUUGAGGUCUCCUGCAUUGAGAUUUAUCACGGCUCGUGGUGUGGAAAGUGUUAGCUCUUCGGUUUCAAAUGCUAAUGUCAAAAACAAGGCAUUUGAGGAUGCAGUGGUAGAGGAGUUUGGCAAGAUGUAUGAUCUUCAUGAACCCAUUAUCGUCGGUGACAAUCUCAAAGUAGUCCCUGAAAUUGCCAAGGGUAUUGAAGAGCUUACCGUAAGCAAUUGGUGAUUCUUUCGAAGACUGAAGCUAACUGUUUGGGAAAUAAUUAGUCCUUAGAUUGGAUAUUCUCACAAACUCCUCUAUUCAUAUUCUCAUCAGAUCAAUCCAAUAAAGAUCCAGAUAAGAGACAUCCUCUCCCGAAGGAUUUGCCACCGAAAGUGAGUUAACCACGGAAAACUGAAACACGGUCAACGUUACUGAUGUGGAGAUACAGUUCAAAGCAGACUUUACGGCACGGGAUGGGGUUAUCAUCGAGGCAGAUGUCCAAUAUAAGGAUAAGGGCGAAAUGGUCCAAAUCGGGGAUAAAUUGGUGAAUAGAAAGAUACAUGAAAUCGAGUGGAAUCAGUUCCCUCAAGCUCUUGCUGAGGAACCGCUAAAGUGGUUCAGUAAAUUAUUCUCUCACAAAUUCGAGGAUUGGAGAAAGGAACGGAGAAGGAAACUUUGACAUCUCCCAGUACAAUGCUUACUUCCGAUUGAUGUUCCCACUUUGAUUUUUUGACGCUUCAACAUUGGACAAUUGAUCCAUGGACAACGUUUCUUUUGCAUGUUCAUAUACUAGUAGAUACCCAAUGACAAGUGUCUCUUUCAUCAUUAUACGCAUUGAU